AUGCCUUUCCCAGCAGAGAACGAGCCGGUGCUUAAGCUACCUCACCCAUACCUGACACCUUAUGUCUUGGUGAAAUCAUCUAAAACCUCCAAGGCCGGAGCUCAAUUGCUCCAAGCCCAGCCCCAAGCAGCAGGCAAUGGCAAGGCUCCUUCUGAACCUCUCCACAGCACAUCGCUCUUCUUCACCGAGCCGGCAGACUUGAAAUCAAGCGAGAGGCCGGCUGAGUCCAACAACACCCCAUGGGGAAGAGCUCGCCGAUCGCCCUCCUCCACGUUUACUUGGGAUGGCACAUCAGCACCUACCCUCGCGCAAGCAUGGCUUCUUGUCUAUGUCCUGUUCACGAUCAGGCCACAGAUGGAGUAUUGCCGUUUGACACUGGACGGCUCCGGAAAGGAGAAGCUCGCGACCCAGCUCAAGUCGGUCUUGUUGGCCAUUGACCACCCUACUGAAUCGGAAGCUGUGGAUGAGUUGCUGCUCUUGCGGAGCACCUUCUGGCAAGGCGCCGGAUCUCCAUUCGGACCUCGCACCGCAUGGAUCCCUGAGGACGAUGGGGUCGAGAUGAGCAAGCCGCUCUCGUCCUAUCCAUUGACACCCUACGAGAACAAAAUGACCAACGAGCCGCCGAGCAUUCUGACCUGGCAUCCUCGACGACCGGCCAAGCCCCGCCCCGGAUCAGUCAUCUACAGUCGCUGGAUCCCCCAUCUCAAGGAAAACUUCUCCAUGGUGGCCCUCGAUUACCAGAACGAAGAACAUCUGCGUCUGUUCCAUGAGUGGCAGAACGAUCCACGUGUGGCACAGGGUUGGAACGAAACGGGAACACUGGAACAACACCGGGAGUACCUGCGUAAGCAGCACGUCGAUCCGCACCAGGUCACGAUUCUGGCAAGAUUUGACGAUACCUUCUUCGCAUAUUUCGAAGUAUACUGGGCCAAGGAGGACCGAUUGGGUGCUUACUACAGUGCUGGCGACUUCGACCGCGGUCGGCACUCGCUCGUCGGCGACGUUCGAUUCCGCGGAGCUCACCGUGUGACGGCGUGGUGGUCAAGUCUCAUGCACUACCUGUUCCUCGACGACCCGCGCACCAUGUUCGUCGUUGGAGAGCCGAAGUAUACGAAUAGCUCGGUGUUGGGUUACGAUUUCAUCCACGGUUUUGGUCUGGACAAGUUCGUCGAUCUUCCGCACAAGCGCUCCGCAUUCGUGCGAUGCUCGAGGGAAAGGUUCUUCCAACUCUCGCCCUUGGCCGAGAGCGAGAAGGCAGUUGGUGGAACCCAUGUUGGGCUGCUGCCCAAGUUGUAG